UGCCACCAAAUCUUCUUCUUCCUCUGUUUCACCUUCAUCAAAACUGGAAAAAACUCUUUUUUUCUUGAAUCUAACAGAGACCACCAAUUUCAAUGGCACUUUCUGCUCUUUCACCUACUUUUUCUACAAACCCUUCUGCAUCAUCAACCUCUUUAUCAAAAACAAGAAGAAUCACCCAAAAAAAUCCCAAAUUUAGUGUCUUUACUACCCCUAAAUUCACUCCAAUUUCAGCUCUUUCUGAUCCAUAUGUCCUUCAAAUAGCUGAAACACUUGAAGAUUCAUUACCUUCUACCUCUUCUACACCACUUCAGAAGUUAAGAAUCAGUUCCUCAGACACCCUUUUGUCAACCCCUUGGCCAUCUCGUAAAGAUGAGCCUUUUAGAUUCACUGACACUUCUUUUAUCAAGAAUUCAAGAAUUGAGCCAAUUCAACCUCCAUCUUUGAGUUCUUUGGAUGUUUCUGUAGAUACCCUUUUGCCUACACUUUCAAUUGUUGAUGGUUAUAUAAUGGAUUCUUUGUCUCAGUUGAAUGAAUUUCCUAGUGGGGUUUAUGUAGGUAGUCUGUUGAGGGUAGAUUCUGAGGCUAUAUUGAAAAGGGUGUCUGAAUAUGAGUUCAGUUCUAAAGGGGAUUUGUUUUGGUUACUUAAUGGUGUAGGUACCCCUGAUGUAGUACUAGUGUAUGUGCCAGAAGGGUGUAAGGUUGAGACUCCAUUGUUAUUGAGGUACAUUUCUGUUGAAGGUAGUGAUAAAGAGUCAAAAGCUUUGCCUUUUUCGAACCCGAGGGUGUUGGUGUUGGUGGAGAAGGGAGGUGAGAUUAGUAUAGUUGAAGAGUAUGUGGGUGGAGAUACGGAUAAAUGUUACUGGACGAAUUCCGUUAUGGAAGUGGUUGUUGGGGAAGGAGCAAAGGUGAGCCAUUCUUACAUCCAAAAUCAAUCUUUCAACGCGGCACAUAUCAAGUGGACUUGGGUUCAGCAGGAAUCAACUAGCAAAUACGAGCAUAUAGAAGUAAGCACUGGUGGGAAGUUAAGCAGGCACAAUAUUCACAUCCAGCAGGUUGGUCCAGACACUGUUACUGAGUUAUCGACGUUUCAUAUGUGCAUCUCGGAUCAAACACAAGAUCUACACAGUAAGUUAGUCCUAGAUCAUCCACGAGGUGUCUCUCAGCAGAUCCAUAAGUGCAUUGUGGCCCAUUCGUCUGGACAGGCUGUUUUUGAUGGAAAUGUUCAAGUCAAUAGAUAUGCGCAGCAGACAGAUGCAGGACAACUUACACGAAGCCUCCUUUUGGAGCCUCGGGCAACUGUGAAUGUCAAACCUAAUCUCCAAAUCAUCGCUGAUGAUGUCAAGUGCUCCCAUGGUGCUGCAAUCAGUGACCUCGAAGAAGACCAACUGUUUUACUUCAGGGCACGGGGUGUUGAUGCUGAAACUGCCAGAAAAGCUCUGAUCUUUUCGUUUGCAGCUGAAGUAGUAGACCGUUUCCCUAAUGCCUCGAUUAGGAAGAAAGUCGAAACACACAUUAGAGAACUGCUCGAUCCCUCACGCCCUUCACGGUGAGCCUUCUUGAAAUGUGGCACAUUUUUUCUUCUGAUAAUGAAUGGAAGCCCCUCUUUUACUCAACAAAUAUAAGCAGUUGUUCAGUGUAAUGUAAUUCUUUUCAGUAUUGAAGAAAUAAAUAUGGUGAUGUUUAUUUGAAAACCUCCAUUGUCUGUACCAAAAGAUGUAUCUUUUUUAAGACAGUGGAAUUGUUUGAUAGGAAAGUGCUUUAUAAUUUUGCACUGA